GAGGUUUGCUCAAAAAUUUCUAUGUGAUACAUGGACAAUAAGUAAGUAGUUCAAAGCACACACCAUAUUUGUGUGAGUAACAUAUAUAUCUUUAAAGAGUUAGAAUCCUUCGGAGAUGAACACAGUCACUGUAAGGGACGCUCUGUCCACACAUGAGGUCACCCGUUCGCUCCUCCGGCGUCGCUCAACAUCUUUAGCGGUGGAAAUCGACAAGUCCAUCGAAUGCGACUAUCGUUGCGGACGAGCGAAGGUUUUUUUUUAUGACUAUCGUGUUCUUGCGGCGAAGCGAACCCGUACUCUUCUCAUUGAGCGCAUCAUGCAGACGAAAGGUGCCCACGGGCGGGAUAUCAUUUUCCUUGUAGUCUUCAUGGGAGCCGCAGAGGCGUCUAUUGAAACGCUUUCAUGGAUCAAUAUAGACUGCGGCUUGCAGCACCGGUGCAGCGUUGUAUUCUGCUGGGCUAUUGAGGAAGUGGUGCAGUUCUUGGAAACACUUUCCUCGUCAUCCUAUUCGUUGGUUGCAACUUUAGCGCGGGAUACUAUGCCAACCAGCAGCUCAGCUCCGCUUCCGUUGCUCAUUGAGGCUUUGACACAGUCCCCUCAAAUACUUACGAGGACCGAUAUCGUGCGGGCCUCUAAUCGGUGCAAGAGUGUUGCGGAUCUCCUCCUGUGCUCGACAGAGACUCUCGUCGACAUCCCAGGAUUCGGUCCGAAGAAAACCAAGAAAGUAUGCGAACUCUUCAACACACCCUUUGUGGCGGGAAUGCCGCUUGUAACCGAUAUAGUUCCAAAACCUCACCUCUCCGAGAGUGUGCAGGCCGAUACGAAGAUGCCCGACGCCGUCCGACAAGCGCUGGAGCGGAUACGAGACAUUGAGGAUAACGAAGAUGAGGGGUUAGAGACGGAGUUCCAAGUGAAGUCAUUGAAUGGAAUCGGUAAAUGAAGGGCCGAUGCCUGCCACUCCCAAGGUGCAGUCCAUAUUGCUCAGGAUGUUUCACUCAGUAGAAGUCUGUCAAUGAGGGACGGGAAUGGCGAGACGUGGGAGAGACUUUUACGGGA